AUGACAGUCUCACUCGCCGAGCUAGAUGCCCACGAGCAACCAAGCGAUGAGAUGCGCGCGGAAUGGAAACACUUCUCCCGCUUAGACCCCUCUGCUGUGGUGCAGGACCCCAGAAUCGACGACCCUCGACUUCCACUAUCCGAGAAUGGAUUCCAGGCCACGGGCAAGAUUGACAAGACUCACGUCGCCGAUGCUUUUGCAGCGCUGGGAGACCAUCUCAGACCGUCUGCACAAGAGGAUAUCCCCAUCAUCUCCCACUCAUUACUACCAGGCCUGCUGAUUAUACCGAAUCUCGUGCCGCCAGCGGUCCAAAAGGUCCUCCUAGCCAAAAUGCUCCAUAGGGAUCUCUCCAACCCCAAACACCAAACCAACCUGCACCUCCAUUACACUCUCCCCUACGCGUCCGCAACAUGCUACCCCCCAGAGUCGGGCUCGCCUCUCCCUCCCCGGGCCCAAUCCUUCUUCGCCCUCUCCCCCGAGUCCCCCGCGACAUUCAUCCCCAAGGACCCGGCGGUCCACAGGCCCCUGACCGCAGGCCAAGUCCUCAACCGCCGCCUGCACUGGGUCACGCUCGGCGGCCAGUACGACUGGACGAACCGCGUGUACCCGGACUCGGAGCCGCCCCGUUUCCCCUCAGAUCUCGCGCAGUUCCUGGAGAAGCUGUUCCCGGAUACCCUUGCCCAGGCGGCCAUUGUGAACUUCUACAGCCCAAAGGACACCAUGAUGAUGCACAGGGACGUGAGCGAGGAGGUGGACAAGGGACUGGUGAGCUUGAGUUUCGGGUGUGACUGCUUGUUCAUGAUUGCUCCAAAUACUCGUGCCGGCCACGACGACGACAAGGUGGGCGAGGAGGAAAAGACUGCUGAAAAUAGGCGAGGCGAGAAGAAAUAUCUAUUGCUGCGGCUGCGCUCCGGUGACGCCAUCUACAUGACCAAGGAGUCAAGAUAUGCCUGGCACGGUGUGCCCAGGAUUAUCAGCGGUACUUGUCCGGAUUACUUGGAGGAUUGGCCAGCGGAAAAUGGGGAAUACGCAGAGUGGGAGGGUUGGAUGAGGAAUAAGCGGAUUAAUUUAAACGUCAGGCAGAUGAGGGAUUAG